GUCGGCUGGGAGGUUCGACUUGCUGUAGCUUUUAAAGUCCAGUUCAAGAAGCUGUCUGGACCAGAAGAACUUAAAUAUACAAGCAACAAACUGAACAAAUAUCAAGUCCACAAUGUCAUUGAGAAUUCUUGUAGGAUGCAAAAGAGUGAUUGAUUACGCUGUAAAAAUUAGAGUCAAGCCAGAUAAAACAGGUGUUGUGACCGAAGGGGUAAAGCACAGCAUGAAUCCAUUUGAUGAAAUUGCAGUAGAAGAAGCAAUACGGUUGAAGGAAAAGAAAGUAGCAGGAGAAAUUAUUGCACUUUCUUGUGGACCAUCUCAGUGUCAGGAAACUCUGCGAACGGCCCUGGCCAUGGGAGCUGAUAAAGCAAUCCAUGUGGAAAUUCCUUCGAAGGAGUAUGAUGCUCUCCAGCCAUUCCAAAUAUCUAAAAUCAUUGCUGCAGUUGUCAAAAAAGAGAACAUUGAUCUUUUAUUAUUGGGAAAACAGGCCAUUGAUGAUGAUUGCAACCAGACUGCACAGAUGACUGCUGCACAAUUGUUGUGGCCUCAGGCAACUUUUGCAUCGAAGUUAGACAUAGAAAAGAAUUUUGCAUUGGUCAGGCGAGAGGUAGAUGGAGGUCUUGAAACUAUCAAGGUGAAACUACCUGCAGUUGUGACAGCUGAUCUUCGACUGAAUGAGCCAAGAUACGCAACUUUACCUAAUAUUAUGAAAGCUAAGAAGAAGCCUUUGGUUAAGUUGCUAGCAAGUAGCCUUGGCGUUGACCUCACAGCCCGACAAGAAGUGGUCUCUGUAGAAGAUCCACCAGUCAGGAAGUCUGGCCACAAAGUUGAAAGUGUUGAAGAACUGGUUAAAGAUUUAAAAAAACUAGGGCUUGCAUAGCUAAUUAUUUCUAAUUCAUUGCAUUAUUUCUUGCGUAUUAAACUUUUAGUGGCUUAUUAUCGCAUAAUCAUCUUCAGAUAAAUUUUUGUAUUAUUUUAUCGAAAAAUGAAAGUCUAGAAUUAUUUUUAUUGUAACUGAUAUUUUUUUGAUUUAAUAGUAAAAUAUUAUUAAAUGAAGAAUUGUUCUAAGAAUCACAUUUUAAACUACUUUAAAAUUCAAAAAAAAUUUUUAUUAUCCAAAUAUUUUUAUAAAAGCAUGUUCAUUUUCGAUAUUGGAAAAUUUUGUAAUUAAAUACAGCGUGAAUUUUGGAUCA